GUAUGAUGGAAAGUUGACAACUCUGAUAGUGUUUAUGUACAACCCGAUAGCAUGUGAUGGUCAGCUGUGCCUGGAAUCCUCACCUAAAGGCAAUGUCAACCAUUUCCAGCAUUCACCACAUGCCAUGAUGUCAGGGGAGGUGAAGUCAGUGAUUACACAUUCCAUCCAUAGCACGUUACAUUCCUUAGGAGGCGUACAGAUAUUGUUCCCGUUGUUUGGUCAGCUAGAUUUACCAGUUGCUCAGGGAGACGAGAAACCGUCUGUCACAGAUCAUUCUACAUGUGAUGAUCCUAUAGAAAUAAUUUUUGCCAAUCUUCUAGGUUUACUGUACAAUUUGAUAGAGAGUUCAUACACUAUACAUCAACAAAUGGUGCAGAAUAAAGGUUUCCUAGUCAUAGGUCAUCUCUUAGAAAAGUCAUCUAGAGAUCAUGUUACUCCAUCUGUGUUAGAAGUUUUCCUCAAAUUGACAGAUUACCUGGUAAAGUGUCCAUCUGGGGGAACACUACUCAAACACUUGUUUGAUCAUAUUCUCUUUAACCCUGCCAUUUGGAUACAUUCUUGUAUGGAGGUGCAAACAAAAUUAUAUUGUUACCUAGCAACUGAUUUUAUCAAUGAUGCUCAGAUUUACAACAAUAUUCGACGUGUUAGUGCUGUGCUGCAAACCAUGCAUACCCUCAAAUAUUAUUACUGGGUGAUCAACCCUAAAGACAGGAGUGGUAUUACACCAAAAGCUGUAGAUGGUCCUCGACCCGAGUAUGAUGAAAUCAUCAAGCUGAGGUCAUUUAUGCUGCUGUACAUUAAACAGUUGUUACUGAAGGGUCAGGGAGUGCAGGAAGAUGAACUACAGAGUAUGCUGAAUUAUUUAUGUACACUACAUGAGGAUGAUAACUUGGUAGAUGUAUUAGAGUUACUUGUGUCAUUGAUGUCAGAACAUCCUCAGUCUAUGGUCCCUGCCUUUGACAGGAAGCAAGGUGUUAGAACUGUGUUCAAGCUUCUAGCAUCACCAAAUGAAGAUAUAAGAAUCAAAACAUUGAAGUUAUUUGGUUUCUGGCUCAGUAGAAGUACACCAAAGAGAAAACAGGAUUCACUGGCCCAGCACAAUUUAUUUUCACUACUUGGUGAGAGGUUACUGCUCAAUGAUCAACACAUUACCGCAGCUACAUACAAUGCCUUGUUUGAGAUGUUAACAGAAAGAGUUUGCCUUGAAUCACACAAAUCAAAGCAUGAGGAACCUGAGAGUCAUUUUAGGAUAGAAAAUUCAGCAUUAUUGAAAGUUGUUGCCACCAUGAUUCGGCAGUCCAAGCCAAGUGCGGAGAUUUUGGAGGUGAAGAGAACAUUUCUAUCAGAUCUUACGAUACUGUGUAAAAACAACAAGGAAAAUAGAAGGACUGUUCUUCAGAUGUCAGUUUGGCAAGACUGGUUGUUCUCUAUGGCUUAUGUAUACCCCCAGAAUCAGGAUCAACAGAAGAUUACAGAGAUGGUGAUGGCAUUAUUCAGGAUGUUAUUACACCAUGCCAUUAAGUUCGAGUACGGUGGAUGGAGAGUGUGGAUUGAUACGUUAGCUAUAUUACAUUCCAAGGUAGCAUAUGAGGAUUUCAAGCGUCACAUGGCAAAGAUGUACAAACAAUAUGACAGACAACGUGUGGACGAUUAUGCUGAUCAUGAGGAGAGGAACAGACAACCAAUCAGCACAAUAUCUGGUGUUUCUGACACUGAACUCAACAAACCUGUUCCUAAAUCUACUGUCAAGGUCACAGAAAUAGAAGAAUCAGAGGCAGCAAACACUGUAAAACCAUUGAAUAAUGAAAGUGAGGCUGGAGCCAAAACUGACCAAUCAGAGAGCAGUAAAGCUGUAAAUGGUGAAAUUGAGGCAGACAGUAGUAAGAAUGGUGUACAUAGUGCUGCUGAACAUCAGAGAGAUAGACAAAAGAUGCCAACAAGGACAGAUUCAACGAGAAGUGGGCACAGAAUGUUCAGCUCCGGACCUAGAGCGCCACCCUUUAGGAUACCCGAGUUCAGAUGGUCAUAUUUACACCAACAACUCUUAAAAGAUCUUCUGUUCUCCAUAGAGACUGAUGUACAAGUCUGGAAAAGUCAUACAACGAAAACUGUGAUUGAUUUUGUGAAUUCGGGUGAGAACAAUAUUUAUGUAGUGAAUGUUACACAUAUGAUCUCCCAGUUAGCGGACAAUCUGAUCACAUCAUGUGGAGGUCUCCUUCCUUUAUUGGCAGCAGCUACUUCUUCUAAUGGAGAGGUGGAGAUUUUAGAACCUACGCAAGGUCUCAGUAUAGAACAAGCAGUAUCAAUUCUGUUACGAAUCAUGAACUUGACGGAUAUUCUCGUGUUUGCUAGUUCCACAACAUUCGCUGAACUGGAACAGGAGAAAAAUAUGCCAGCUGGUGGGAUAUUGAGACAGUGUCUUAGAUUAGUUUGUACUGCAGCUGUAAGAAACAGUCUAGAAGUGCGUCAUCGUGCAGUCCCCCCUACCCCACCCACUCCUACAUCUACAGCUCAUCCAUUAGCCGGAUAUUCCAGAGACUCAUCUGCUCAGAAUGGAACUACAGAUCCUAUACAGGCAUUGAUUGAAGGCUCACACCCUACCAGGAAGAAUAUUGUUGAGAAUUUGAACGAACAAUUGUCGCCGAUCAAAGAUUUUGACAAGCUUUUACAGGACAUGGAUAUCAAUAGACUGCGGGCAGUCGUUUAUCGUGAUGUGGAGGAGACAAAACAGGCCCAGUUCCUAGCUCUUGCUAUUGUAUAUUUUACAUCAGUAUUGAUGGUAUCAAAAUACAGAGAUAUCCUUGAGCCUCCAAGUCCAGCCCAAACACCGAGUCAGAUGCCACGUCGAAGCUCUAACCAUACACCUUCAGCUGCUAAAUAUUGGCACAAUCUGAGGCCAACCAUGUCUUUAUUGGUUGAUGGAACAACCAUUGAAAAUAUCAAACAAAAUGAAGGUGAAGGUACUGAAACUAAAACUGACGAACAACCAAAAGGUGGUGUCGAGAGAGAACAAACUGAUUCUAAGAAAUUACCUAAAGCUACUGUCUCUACUGUUGAACUGGCUGUUACAGGAAACGAACUUGCUGUGUAUUUAGAGAAAGAACGGGAACUCAGUUCAGAUUCCUCCGAUAAGAGUGAAAAGUUGUCUGAAGCGUCAGAAAAUUCACCAAAGAGUACACCAACAAAACCUACUAUUGAAGAUGCUGAUCAAGGGAGUGUACUCUCACGGAUGAUUUCUGGGUCUGAGAGUGGCCAGUCUGGUGAGGUGAAGUCAUUGGAAAUCCAUUCUGUGGAAAACCAGUCUGAAAGUAAUCAGUCUGAAGGUAGUCAUUCUGAAGGUAACCAGUCUGAAGGUAACCAGUCUGAACAUAAACAGCCAGAGAGUGACCAGUCAAGUGUAAAUCAUAAAGACAGUAACCAGUCCACAGAUGAUAGUCAAACUGAAGCAAAAUUAGAAGAAACCCAGUCUGAUUCAGCUGAAAAUAAAACAGAAACAGAAAACCAGUCUGAAGGGAACCAGUCAGAGGUAGAUGAAACAGAGGAUCAGUCUGAACCUGGAGAGAGCCGGGUACAAGAGGAUGCAGACAGCAGUGUGGACGAGAGUCAGGUGAAGUUGAAGAUACCAGUAGAUGUACACGUCAAUAUGGAUACGUCUUUAGAAUCAGGAGGAGUUACUGAAGACUCAGAGGCAGCUUCUCCAGCCAGACCUGUGACUGAGGGAGGAGAAAAUGAGGAAACAAAAGAGUCUGGUGAUGGUGAGGAGCAGGAAGAAGAUGAGGAUACAGGGAAAGAUGAUGAUGUUACAGGCAAAAAUGAUGAUGGUACAGGCAAAGAUGAUGAUGGUACAGGCAAAGAUGAUGAUGGUACAGGCAAAGAUGAGGAAGAGGAGAACAAAGCUGAAGCUAAGGACAAAGCAAAAGAAGAGCCAACUGGAGAAUCAGAGGAUAAAGAAGUUGGAGCUGGAGAUGCUGAGAAUACUGAGCAAACUGAACAAAAAGAUGAUGCAAAAGAUAGUGAAGACAAGAAAGAUAGUGAAGAAGUAGAGAAGAAAGAAGACAGCAUAGAAACAGCUGAUGAAAAAGAUAAAGGUGACUCUGCAACUAAUAAAGACAAUGAAAUUGAUGCAAAGGAAGAAGAAAAACCCGUAGAAAAAGAAGAAGUAAAAACUGAAACGGAAGUUGCCCAAGCAGCAUCUAAUGAUACUAAAGAUAGUACUGAUGCUGAUAAGGCAACAAAAGAAAGUAAACCAUCUGAUGACAAUGCUCCAGUUGAGGUUAAUGGAAGAAAUUCACCAGUUGAUAGCAUUGAGGGAUCUACAGAAGGUCAAGAGCAGGUUUUAUCUGUGCAGGUGGGAGAAGAGGAAGAGGAAGAGCCUGCUCAGAUGCCAAUUUCAUCUAUAUCUGCUGGCACAAGAAAACACAGUGAGAGUCAUGAUAAUCAGAAACCGGAAAAAUUGGAAUUGAAAAGUACACCAAUACCAGGACCAGUUAACCUUACUAUGUUAGAUUCUGGAAAUCUGACUGAAAGAUUGGAGAAGGCUUUAGGAUCUGUUGCUCCAUUGUUAAGAGAAAUAUUUGUUGAUUUUGCACCUUACUUAUCAAAGACUCUAAUUGGAUCACAUGGCCAGGAAUUGCUCAUUGGAGGUCUGGUAACAUUGAAGCAGAGUACAUCAGUUGUGGAGCUAGUCAUGUUGUUAUGUUCUCAGGAAUGGCAAAACUCCCUGCAGAAACAUGCAGGAUUAGCCUUUAUAGAGCUGGUGAAUGAGGGGAGGUUGUUAGCUCAUGCAACAAGAGACCAUAUUGUACGAGUUGCAAAUGAGGCGGACUUCAUAUUGAACAGAAUGAGGGCAGAGGAUGUACAGAGGCAUGCUGAGUUUGAGUCUCUGUGUGCACAAAUGAUGUUGGACCGACGAGAAGAAGAGAAGCUAUGUGACCACUUGAUCACCUCGGCUAAGAGGCGGGAUUAUUCCGUUGCCAUGAAAAUGCGGGAUAAAGUGCUCAAUAUACUUGCCAACAAACAUGGUGCAUGGGGCGAACCAGAUAAGCAAAUUGAUGAAUACUGGAAGCUGGAUGUAUGGGAAGAUGACAGUAGAAGGAGGAGAAGGUUUAUAAAGAACCCGAUUGGCUCCACACAUCCAGAUGCUGCUCUCAAGGCAGCUUUAGAACAUGGUGCUACUGAAGAUGCAAUUAACCAGGCCCGUGAUGCGUUCCAUGCUCACCUAGAUAGUAAAAAAGCACAGGCAUUAAUGCCAGAAUAUACAGAUGAAGAAUUGCUCAUGGAAGACAACACAGAGUUUGAGAGAGAAUAUUCAGGUCCUGUUGCUAUGUCCACCACUUGCAAACUGAUAGCCCCUGGCGUGGCCAUUAAUGGUAUAAUGUCUAUAACAAAAACUGAUCUCUACUAUGAAAUGGACGAAGAUGAUGCUGAAAACAAGAAAAUAGAUCAAGAGGUUCUAGCAUACAUAGACUAUCUGCACGGAAAAUGGAACUUCAACGAGAUUCGAGCCAUCUUUUCACGGCGGUACCUCCUUCAAAACACAGCCAUAGAAAUUUUCCUGGCCAACAGAACGGCCAUCAUGUUUGCAUUUCCUGACCAUGCUACAGUGAAAAAAGUCAUCAGUGCAUUACCAAGAGUGGGCGUGGGGGUAAAAUAUGGUCUGGGACAAUCAAGACGGAUGUCAUCUGCAUCAGGGAAACAGCUUUACAAGAUGUCGGCUAUGACACAGAAAUGGCAGCGUCGAGAAAUAUCUAACUUUGAUUAUCUCAUGUACCUUAACACAAUAGCAGGUCGUACAUACAAUGAUCUGAACCAGUACCCGGUGUUUCCCUGGGUGAUAGUUAACUACGACACGGACGAGCUUGAUCUAAGUCAACCAAACAACUUCAGAGAUCUCUCUAAACCAAUUGGUGCCCUAAAUCCGUCUAGAAAGGAAUUUUUCGAGGAACGUUAUAACUCGUGGGAGCAUGAUCAAAUACCACCGUUCCAUUACGGUACCCACUACUCAACAUCGGCCUUCACUCUAAACUGGCUCAUCAGAGUGGAGCCAUUUACAACAAUGUUUCUCAACCUACAAGGUGGAAAGUUUGACCAUGCAGACCGAACUUUCCAUUCUGUAUCACAAGCCUGGAAGAAUUGCCAGAGAGACACAUCCGAUGUGAAGGAGUUGAUCCCGGAAUUUUUUGCCUUACCUGAGAUGUUUAUGAACACAAACAAGUUCAACCUGGGGAAACAAGAUGAUGGUACAGAGGUACAAGACGUGGUCCUGCCAAAGUGGGCCAAGAGUCCAGAAGACUUUGUCAGAAUCAACAGAAUGGCCUUGGAAUCCGAGUUUGUUUCAUGCCAGAUGCAUCACUGGAUAGAUCUGAUAUUUGGUUACAAACAAAGAGGACCUGAGGCUGUGAGAGCAACCAAUGUAUUCUAUUAUCUUACCUAUGAAGGAAAUGUUAACUUAGAGUCUAUGACAGAUACUGUCAUGAAAGAGGCAAUAGAGAAUCAGAUUCGAAGUUUUGGACAGACACCUACGCAGUUAUUGACUGAACCCCACCCACCUAGAAGUUCUGUUAUGCAUUUACUCACCCAAAACUAUAGCAAACAGAACCGAAGUAUUUUGAAAAAGUCACCAAUGAUGUUUACAAGUGUCCAGGACGAUGUAUGUAUGAUAAUGAAGUUCCUGUCCAACUCGCCCGUGUGUCACGUUUCAGCCAACACGCACCCGGCCGUACCAACUCCUGCUGUCACCACAAUUACAUGCAAUCAUAAUUUCUCUAUAAACAGAUGGAAUCCAAACUAUCAACAUCAAGGUACACCUACUAGUCUGGGAUCAGCAGAAAACAAGGAGAACAAAGAUGCUCAGCCCAACCUGCCACUGGCAAUGGACCAAUUAUUGGUAAUGAACACUGGGUUAAAUCGUCGUAGUUUAGGUGAUAACUUUGAUCAGCGCCUUAAAGUGAGUAUGUCUCAUUUUGUAACAACAGCAGAUAAUAGAUUCAUCUUUGCCUGUGGAUUCUGGGAUAAAAGUUUCAGACUCUACUUUGCUGACACAGCAAAGAUUUUGCAAGUUGUGUAUGGUCAUUUUGAUGUGGUAACAUGUAUAACAAGAUCAGAAUGUAACUUGAACCAGGACUGUUACAUUGUAACGGGAUCCAAGGACUGUACUGUGAUGGUAUGGAUGUUUACAUCAAGAAAUCAGGCUAUCAUUGGUGAUAAUGGAAGUAUUGAGCAUCCUACACCAAAGGCCACUUUGACUGGACACAAGUCUGAAGUGACCAGUGUUAGUGUACUUGCUGAACUUGGAAUGGUCAUCAGUGGAUCACAAGAUGGCCCAUGCCUUGUUCAUACAUUAAACGGCGAUUUAUUGAGGUCACUGGAUCCACCCGAGGGUAAACAGUUAACUGCGAACCUGAUUUGCAUGUCCAGAGAGACGUUCGUGAUGAUUAAGUUUGAAGAGAACGUUAUCUGCAACUUCAGCAUCAACGGUCGAUUACAGAAACAUAUCAAACAUAAAGAUAAUAUUCAGGCUAUGACACUCAGUCGUGAUGGACAAUACCUGAUGUUGGGAGGUGAUAGUGGUGUUGUAGAGGUGUACAGGUCACAUGACCUGACGUUACUUUACUCAUACCCAGCAUGUGAUAGUUGUAUAUGCUCACUAGCUCUUUCACACGACCACAAGUUUUUACUGGCAGGUCUGGCUACUGGAUGUUUGUUGGUGUUUAACAUUGACUUCAACAAAUGGCACCAUGAAUAUCAGGAGAAGUAUUAGUGCAGAGAUAAAUCUAGGGUUUAACCUUAAUAGAGGUGUAACUUAACAGAUAAAUCUAGGGUUUAACCUUAAUAGAGGUGUAACUUAACAGAUAAAUCUAGGGUUUAACCUUAAUAGAGGUGUAACUUAACAGAUAAAUCUAGGGUUUAACCUUAAUAGAGGUGUAACUUAACAGAUAAAUCUAGGGUUUAACCUUAAUAGAGGUGUAACUUAACAGAUAAAUCUAGGGUUUAACCUUAAUAGAGGUGUAACUUAACAGAUAAAUCUAGGUUUUAACCUUAAUAGAGGUGUAACUUAACAGAUAAAUCUAGGUUUUAACCUUAAUAGAAGUGUAACUUAAAAGAUAAAUCUAGGGUUUAACCUUAACAGAAUUGAAUGAUGUUAAAAAGAACAAGAUAAAACUGUGUUGUGAUAUAUUCUGAAAAACAUGUGGUUAUAUUUGGAGUGUAAUUUGUGCAAGAGACAAAUGUAGACAUUCUACAUGAAUGUGUAUAUGUAACUUUUUAUACAAUAUUUAGAAAAUGGGGAAAGAUAGAUUCAAUUGUGGGACAACCAUAUUUUUUGGCUACUAGGUCAGUGUGUUAUGGAAUUUUGAAGUGAUAGAAAGAGCAUCUUGGAUGCUUAGAAUUUAAGAACAGGAUGAUUGAAGAAUUUGUUGUUUGCAUGUCAAGAGUUUCUGUAGAAUUUCGAAAAUGUUCAAGUAUUAGAAAUGCUUAUCUCUGGAUUUAACCUGCCAGCCUUGUUUUGAUGUGUAUGUGUGGAUUAUAUAUAUAUAUAUAGAUGUUAACAAAAAAAAAUGUGUAGCGAGAUUUUAUUUGCUGUUGAAGUGUUAUUAUAUUAAAGUAUAUGUGUUGAAAAUUGCGCAUAAACCUUUACAUUCCAAAUGUAUAAAACAUAUGUAUAUGUUAUGUGUACAGUUACCAUCAUUUAUGUACCAUUCAUUUUGUCAUAGGAAAUUUAACUUGCAAUUCCAUUUAAUUCUUUGAAUAUGAAAAAAGCUGACAGCAAUCUGUUUUAGGAUUGAUACAACCAAAUCAUUG